AUGACCACAGGACAAGAGAUUGCAGUGAGAAUGUGUCACCUCACAUACUUCAGACCAGACUUACAGUUAUCUAGAGAUAGCUGCAGAAAAAGUCAGAACAUGUCUACCAUGAAGGAUGCUGAAAGACAAGAACCUGCAGUUCUCCUCAACUUUCUCUCCAAAGUUGGACUGAAGGGAUUUUAUCCUAACAAACUCACUCUUCGGUCUCUCUUGGAGAUCAACAAAAACAGCGUAAAUGAAGAAGCUGUCUCAUCUGUGGAGGACAUACCAUGGGGUUUUCUCAGGAAACUAUUUAAACUCAAUUCUGAAUGCAGAAGCUGUACACAAUUAUCAGACAAUGAUGAUGAUGAUGAUGAUGAUGAUGAUGAUGAUGAUGAUGAUGAUGAUGACCUUUACACUGCAGAUGACCCUGCAAAGGAUAAUAAGGUCAACCCUCUCGACCUCAUAGUAGCUCUCUUCAUUUGUGCUGACAGCUUCUUGCAACAGGAACUGGCCCUCAAGAUGUCCAUGUGCCAGUUUUCUGUCCCACUGCUGUUGCCCCAUGCCAAUAACAAUCAGAGUACCCUGAUGCUUUGGGCUCUGAGAGACAUCGUCAAAGAGUGGCGUCCACAUGAUUUGUCUGAAUCAAAAGGGUUUGUUGAAGACAACAUUAUCCAAGCAGAUAUUCCAUUCUACUCAUUUGUGAGGCUGAAAAACUGCAGUUUAUCCAAGUCCCAGUGGUUGAAUCAUGUUCUCAGCAUUGGUCAGUCCAACAACAAUAUGUUCAUACACAGAGAUAAUGAAGGUGGAGCAGUUAAAAGAAACAUUGCCAAUGGUUUAGUAGAGGUUUGCUGGUACCUUCCCGGUGGUAAUGAAAAUCUUAAUAUAUUUUCAGAGCCAGUUGCAUUUGCUAAUUUGCGAGGAGACAUUUCUGAGUCACCAGCACAGUUCAAUUUUCUUUUUCAUGUGUCCACUGCUGUCUUUGUAUUCCUGGACAAAAUUGAAGAAGAGGAGCACGAGAUUCUGACUUCUCUUCAAGAUGCAAAAUCCAAACUGUUCUUCGUUGUUAACCGCAAGGAGGUGAAUAGUACAGAAGAUAUGUCUGUCAAGAAAACACUAAAAGAAUUAGACCUACCAAAGGCCAGUGUGAAAAUCAAGGAUCCAAGGAUAAAUGUAAGAGAGUUUUCAAAAAAACUUUGUGCAGCCAUCAAGAAAUCCCUCAAAGAUGUAAAAACCACAAAAAGCAUUGCAAAUAUGCUUGACAAAGCUGUUGAACUUGGUCUGUCUGUGGAUGAACACGAACAAAGUGAGGACCAAAGGAAGGUAGCUGAGGACAUUGUGAAAGGAAUCGGAGAGCAACCUAUACCAGACUACAAGAAACAACAACUCCCUUUGCAAGGAGAUAACUGGAAAAGGUUAUCAAAGUUAGAGAAGGAGGAAUGUAGGAUGAAAGACACUGGUGACUCAGGCCUCGAAGAGUAUAAAACUCAGCUACAGGCAGAACAACUAAAAAUCAGAGAGGGCCAAAGCAAACAAACAUUGUCAAAAGGAAUUAAGAGUUUUAUUGAAAUCUUAUCCACAAGUGACAAAGAAAAAAGAGAUUAUUUCCUUAAGUGGAUGAAGUUGAAGUUAAAUUCACAUUCUCGGGACAAACUGACUGAUCUGCGUAACAAAUUUAAAGAGCAGUGUAAGACGAAAGAUGCAAAACUCAUUGCAGGGUUGGAUCAGGCUUUGCUGGAUAGCUCUUUAGGAAUAGAGCAUUACAUGAGAGAGAUGGGGCUGAUCUAUGAGUUUUCGUUUCAAUCACCAAACACUGCUGAUGAAAUAUCUCGUCUCCCUGGUUUGGCAGCUGAAAUGCUGUUUGAUGGAUAUCCUUUAGAGCUCUUAGACGGAGAUGCGUCUAACAUCCCAGAGAGAUGGGUAACAGAUGUGCUAAUGGAGCUUCACAAGAAGGUCGGAAAGAAGAGCAGACUGUUGGUACUGACAGUGUUGGGUGUUCAAAGUAGUGGGAAGUCAACACUCCUCAACACCAUGUUUGGUGUGCAGUUUCCUGUCAGCAGUGGCAGAUGCACAAGAGGAGCUUAUAUGCUCUUCCUCAGAGUAAGUGAGGAUAUACAAAGGGACUUGAACUGUGACUUUAUACUUCUCAUUGACACAGAAGGUCUUCAGUCUCCUCAUUUGGCACAACUAGAGGACAGUUAUGAACAUGACAACCAGCUGGCAACCUAUGUGAUUGGCUUAAGUGAUCUCACCAUUAUCAAUGUCUCAAUGGAGAACUCAACAGAAAUGAAAGAUGUUCUGCAUAUUGCAACUCAUGCUUUCUUGAGAAUGAAGAAAAUUGGUAAAAAGCCAGUUUGUCAUUUUGUGCACCAGAAUGUUGGAGUCUCAGCUCAUGCAAAGACCAAGGCAGAUAGAAACAUUUAUGACCAGCUUGAUGAAAUGACUCAAAUUGCAGCCGAAAUGGAAAGCAGCCCCUAUAAAGCUUUCACAGAUGUGCUGGACUAUGACAGAAAAAACAACUGGAACAUCCCGGGACUCUGGCAUGGGACCCCACCGAUGGCAGCAAUAAACACAGGUUACAGUGAAGCUGUAGCAGAUUUAAAGAAACAUCUUUUGAAGACAGGGAAAGGUGACAAACACUACGCAGUGUCACAAAUCCCAGAGUUUCUAGAAUGGAUGAAAGAUCUCUGGAAAGCAGUAAAAUAUGAGAACUUCAUCUUCAGUUUCAGAAACACUCUUGCAGCUCAGGCAUACGACAAUGUCUACAAAGAGUUACAACAAUGGGAAUGGGAGUUUAGAAAAAAGAGUUUCUUCUGGCAGACAGAAGCAGAGUUGGAAAUGUUAAAUUAUGACAAAUCUGAUCUCAGUCAUUUGAAUGAAUUAGUCCAAUCAAAAAAAAUCCAGGUGGCAGACAAAAUAGCAAUCCAAGACAAAAUAAUGAAACAGAAACUGCAGGAAUACUACAAAAGGAAAGACAGACAUGUGAAUCUGAUAGAGAAAUACAAAACUGAAUUUGUCAACAGUAUUAGUAGACUUGCAAAUGAAAUCCAACGAUCAGUAGACAAUAUACUGGAUUGUGCACUUGAGCCAAGAACAAGUUUAGAAGAGUCUCAUUACAUUCAAAGAAAACACAGAGAAAUGAUUGAAGAGCAAGUUAUGAAACUCUUGAGUGACUGCAAACAACAAACACUCACUGACAAAGAAUUGACAGAUGAGUUUGACAAGAUGUGGGCUGAAGCCACUGUAAAUGUGUCCGGCCUGAAAGAACAAAACAUAGAAGCAAACAUCUUAAAACAGUUGAGAAAUCAACUCUUGAAUCAUAAUGUCAAUGAGGAAUUACAGAACAUUGGAGACCUAAAAGACAUUGUGAAGGAUCCAUUUAAGGCAAAAAAGAAACACUUGAAACCAAACCUGACCCCGAUGAAAAGUAAUGAAACAGAAAGAGAGUUGCAGAGCUUUGCAGACUGUGUUAUUGAGUCUUGCACACGGUUUGUCCAUGACACUGCAAAAACAGAAAGAGACUACAAUGAUUCUUUUACAAGAGAGCCUGAAAAGGUUGAUGAAUCUCCACAAUGGAGCAAGCAAUGCAAGCCCCAGUUUGGGUUUGACCUGAAACUUUACAGUGUGGGCAUUGCCUCCAGAGAGUUUCUUCACAUGCACAGAAGAUUCUUGUCAGAUAUAGAUCCAAAACGUCAGCUGGAGAAGUACAAGCCUCAGUACUUGUCAGAUUUUCUUGAUCUAUACAAACAGAGAGAUGAUU